CUUCCCAACCCGUUUGAAUUUUUAUAUCUAUUGUAUUACUAUUUUUUAACAUAAUUUGUUACCUGAAAAAGGAAACUUUCCGAACAAUGUCUGCUACUCUGGCACUCAUCAAAAGGGCACCAAAUUUGUCGGUUGAGGACAGGAUAAAGGGUAUUGCUGACCUCGGGAAAACGCUUGAGCCGGUUGGAGUGACGGACACUGUGACCAUUGCAGUUUCUGCCUCGCUCUACGGCGUGACCUGGGCUGCUGGCGAUAUUGCAACCAACGGUCUCGUCUACAACGUCGGUGUAUGGAGCAAGUGCAAACUGUGGGUCAUCUGGUUCCGUGACCUGGGCGGCUAUCUGUACUCGUCCAUUGUACUGCUGCGUGCCCACGCGCUCAACCGCAUCUUCAUCCAGCGCAAGAGCUUUACUGGCUGGGCAUACUAUAUGCCAAUCGUCAUCCUUGCCGCUGCACUACUGAUCUUUUGUCUAACGGUCCAGCUAAUAAGUGAUGAGCUCACUGUCUCGUACCUCCCGAAACUGGAGAUUUGCCACUAUGUGGAAGGGUUCAAGUGGGGGAGCUUGGCGCUGCUCUGGCUGGUGUGGUUUGUGUCACUCUUUUACUACAUCAAGAUUCGCCAUAUCCAGACUGCGUUUAACGAAUUUCGUGAGUCGUUGAUUGUCUUCCUCCUUGCCUUUGCAACACUGUUUCAGACUUCGCUGCUACACAGCAUAGUUCCCACAUACCCUCUCAAUAGGGCUAUCCGCACGGUGUCAACUUUCUUGGAUGUUGCAUGCGGUGUCACAAGUAUUUGGGUCAUUCUGGCCUACCCGGUUUUCAAGUGUAUUUUCUACCGCGAGAAAUACGAGCACGAAUGGCUUGCUAAGCUCGCCCGCGAUGGUCUGCAGCGCGAAUACCAGAUCGAAAGCAGCCGUACAGCAAUGUCGUCCGACUAUGUGAAGAUGGGAAAUAUCCGCUAUCCUACAAAUAUGAGUACUAACAAUCUGACAUAUGCUUCUGCUAACCAAGCCCGACAAGAUUCAAUUUCAGGGCUGGGAUAUCUCUUAUUAUUCUC